AAUGUUGCCGUCAUAUCCUACUUAAUAAUACAGUCCUGUCAACAUGCUGGGAUUUAGGGGGAAUCCACGUAAGAUAUGUGCCUCGGCACUCCGCCACGAUUCAGCUCUACUUUGUUCAAACUUCCCCUCCCGGUUUAGGAGGCAGGGAGAGUUUUUCCUAGUGUAGAAUGUGCAUCCUGUUCUCCGAGCCACGACUUUUUCAUUUUCUGGGCUCAUACUGCAUGGGAUGGUCUCCAUAAAGCUGCUCUGAGCUGUGUUUAGGAGAUUCUGCUGACUGCCUCCGGGACCAAAUGCAGUGCAUGGUGAGAUCCUUGCAGGACCUGAAGCAGAUAAGCAGGCCGAGGCCACUGAGUGAACCAUGUGCUCGGUCCUUCGCUGUGACACGGCUCUGCAAACAGAGGGCACAACAAGAGCGACUCAAUCGUCUACGUGUUUCUGACGCCAGUGAAGCCAGCACGUACGACUCUGCCUGCUGCCUGGCCAGCCCGCUGGAAGAAGAGGAAGAGCACCAGCAGCAUGAACGGUUGGAACAAGGCUCCCCAAGCAGUGAAAAGAGUCUGGACUUUGACUCGGGUUACUCUGAGGCUUCUUGGCAAGAUGAAGGUGUGGUGCUAAGGAGGACCAGGAAUGUGCGAGUCUCCUCUUCUGCCUGCCUCCGCACAAACAGAGGACCUUCUGGCAGAAUCCGGCCCAAAUCGACCUCAGACGCUUGCCUGGAGCGCUGGACCUCGUUUGAGGCCAGUAACCCAGAGGACUGGACGACAUCGCUGCUGAGCCGCAGCAGGAACAGACAGCCUCUGGUUCUUGGGGACAACAGCUUUGCUGACCUAAUAAAGAACUGGAUGGACCUACCAGAGUGUCCUGAGCCAGCAGAACCAAAGCCCAUUGCGGGCCGCCGCCUUGCCAAAGACAUUUUGAUCAAUAUGCGGCGGAGACUGGCAGGAAUGUCUAAAAGUGUGGAGGUAAGGCCGAGGCCUGCAGACUCCACAAGGCUCAGCAGGGCUGCAGAGGUUUCCAAACGGAUGUCCUGUCCAGUGGGACUCCAGGGUCUCAAACCCUUCUUUCACCAGUCCCACACAGGCCUACAUCAACCGGACACUGACUUCUACCAGUUCACUGCUCUGAUGAAGACAGGCAGCCGACAACCCAUCAUAUGCAAUGACAUUAUUGGAUACAUUUAACUGAUGAUGUAUCUCCGGACUGAUCAUAAAGACAAAUUAGAAUAAAAUUGUUCUAUUUUCAUAAUUGGAUUUUGUCCACAAUGUUGAUACAUCUGGAAUAAAAGUUUUUUGGCAUUUAAUGGAAGUGAUUUGUUUCUGAGCUUGAGCAGUGCUAACUGUUGAAAUAUUAUUAUUGUAGCUAUCUUUCAUCCAUCAGCCAUCAGUUUGAUACAUUUUAAGCAUCUUCUCAAUUCUUCAUGUGCCGUGUGAUUAUAGGGGUGAAAGGUGUCUGCUGUUCUCAUCAAGGCAAUAUUGUUUGAUGACUUUUAAGCUCACAGUUAGUAGUUGGGUGUUGAAUCAUUUUUUCUUUAAGAAAAUCUAAAGGACCUUCAUGAGAACAGGUCCUUUCGACCAAAAGCUAAAAUAAAGUGUACUCUGCAUAGAUCUAAGUGUGCGGAUAUCUGUUCCAUCGGUUUUAACUGUAUGAUACUUCCAGCUCCUUAUUUAAGAUCAAGCAA